CCCACUCUCCGUGUUAUUGAUCCACCCGGGCACGGGUCCCGACAGGCUCGAGCGCUGGCCCAAGGCGCGGAGGGACAGACACGGCGCUCCGCCGACCUCCAGCUCAGCUCUUUCCAGUUCGGGCCGCUCCUAUUAUCCCUCCGCUGCCACGUCUCUUCCGGGUGCGACGCGUACUGAUGACGCUGGCGCGCCACUGGCCCCACCCCGGCUCACCGUAAACUUGAGACCGGUGAAGAAGAGGCGACCGAAGUACCGCUGCCCUCCCGCCUUACGUCACUUCCGUUUCCUCCUGCGUAGGGCGGGUAAUCCAAACGUUUCUGCUUCAGAAGGGUCCACGGGUUGGCGCGAGCCCCGGCGGCUGCGGCGGCAGUCAAGACCAAGGCUAGACAUGUCCGAGAGGCGAACGCGGUCCGGAGGGGGCUCUCAGCGCUCUGGGCCAAAGACCCCAUCUCAGUCUCUGCGGAGGUCCCAGCGGAAAUCAGGCUCUGAUCUCCCCAGCACCCUCCCUGAAAUCUGGCCGAAGGCACCCGAGGUGGCUCCAGUCAAAAAGCCCAUUGUCUUGAAGAAGAUUGUGGCCAAUAAUGUAAAGGUGAGGACUAAAAGAGGUUGUGGGUGGGGAGCCAAAAUUAGGUGCCGGCUCUGUGAUCAAUUAGUGUUGUCUCCACAGGUCCCAUCCGUCCACUCGCCUCGAAGGAGUCCUAGGGUUGCUUUUUUCUUGGAGAAAGAAAACAACCCUCCUAACAGGGAGCCUACCAGGGAGGACCUCGUCAAGACAUGCAGUGUCCCCGUCACCCUCACCCCCACUCCAGUGCCGUACAGCCCGAAUGUUGAGUCCAGCUGUGGGGAUGACCUGGGCGCCAGAGACUUGGAGAUGUCUAAGAAAGUCAGGCGAUCCUACAGCCGGCUGGAGGCCCUGGCCUGUGCUUCUACCUCCACCCCAGGCCGCCAGUCCUGCUUUGGUUUCGAGGGGCUGCUGGGGGCAGAAGGCCUGGCUGGAGUCUCGCCUCUGGGAUGUUCAGAAUUCACUGAGGUCCCCAAGGUCCAUGUGAUUCCCUGGACCCCAGACAUGACUCUCCCUGGAAUCUCCCCACUGGUUGUGAAAGAGAAACGAAAGAAGAAGAAGGUGCCGGAGAUCCUGAAAUCGGAGCUGGAUGAGUGGGCCGCAGCCAUGAAUGCUGAGUUUGAAGCUGCUGAGAAGUUUGAUCUUCUGGUUGAAUGAGAUGAAAUGGGUGUACCUGGCCAGACCUCCCCUUCUUCCCCCUGUACAUAUCCCCUUCUUCCUGAGGAAAGGACACUUGGGGUCCCCUUCCGGCCUUGUUACCUGUGCAUGUGCUGUGGUUGCACGUGAGGUCUGUCCUAUGAAUGUUUGUGCAAUGGCAGCUGCCAUUUUGGCUUCAGGAAAUGGGGCUCCCCUGGCCCAGCCACACGCUGAUAUGCUGUCUCUAGUCAGUGACACGAGCCCCCCUCCCCCAUCCUCCUCCCUGCCUCCCAGAGUAUCCUGGCUAGUUUCCAGUUGUGCCACAGAGGGAGGAGGAAUCACUGGCCUGGCCAGAGGAGGUUACAGGGCUGGGGAAUGUGGGUGAGAGCACCUCGGCUCUGCUUGGGAGAUGUGACGCCUCUGACCAGCCCCAACAGAAACAGGCACCCAGGGCCAUAGCAGCCUCAGGCGCUCUCUCCUGAGUUGCCUUCUGUUGGUGGCGUAGUUCCAUCGAUAUAAACGGCUUGGGUUUCCUCUUUGAUUCUGUAGAUGGUCCAAGAGAGAGUUCAUGGAUUGGGGACAGACUGUGAGGAAGUAGCUGGACACGCAGCCAGUGGAGUCAGGUUUUGAAGGAGGGUGGGAAGCUUUGGUUGGGUCUCAGACCAUAGGUGUUUACUGCGUAGAAGCUAUGUUUUGUUGUCCUGUGUUCUGCUGUUGAGAUGUUUGGUUAAAUGCCAGGCUGAUGGCUAUGUGGGUAAAGAGUGCGUUUUGGGGGGUGGUGCCAGACACCAUAGGCUCCAGCCUCCACAAAACCUGAGGCUCAGAGCAUCUGGACUGGACACCAGCACAGGCCAGUAAGGGGCCCGUGGCAGAGGCGCUCCCUCUUGUGACCCACACGUUUUUUACAAAAUAAAGCAGAGAGUCAACUCAGCUCUAGAACAAAAAUGUACAGGUUGAACAGUCCAAUGCCACUAGCGCUUUGCAGCUAUGCUUGUGAAGUUCUAGGAAGCUUUUCUCACGGGCCAGAAAGGGGCAGGGGGUGAUAGCAGUUUUAACCUGUAGCUCUCAGUGUUCUCUCACAUGAGAGCACUGCCUGAGGCUGAUGCUAGGAGUUGAGUUGGGGAGAGGGCUGUCUCACUGUCUCCAGGGAACCCCACUCCCCCACCCCAUUUCUCUUCUCAAUGCUGGUAAAAGGUGUGUUUUCAAAGGUUGCCCAACCACAACCUCCGCUAUAUCCCAGGUAGUUGAACCUCUUGAUGUGUGCAGGUUCCUGGAUAUAGAAGCUAAGAGGAGUGUGGAGGGGCUGAUGGAGGGCAGAGGACGGCAGGGAAGAUGAACGCUUGCUUGGUCAGGGUACUGGAAAUGGCGCAGCCUGGUGGGCGCUAAUUAAACACUUUGCAAGGCCCGCGAAUCCCAGCUUACCUGCUCAACGCUUCUCACUUUGUCAGACCCUGCAAGCAAGCCCCUUUGCCGGGGUGGGCCAGAUGGGCCUGAGCUGGACCACAGCCAAAGGAUUCCUGUCCUCACUGGCUGGCACAGACCUCCUGGGAAGUGUAUCAGUCCAGCAGAGAAGAGUCAGAAGCAGCCUAAUGAUGUUGAGCUAAUGUCAUCACUGUAAACCUCUCUCUGUCCCUGAAAAACUUAAGAAUGUGGGGUUUAAGGGAAAGUUGCAGUUUCUUUAAAUUAAAAAGAAAACACCUGAUUGGA